AUGGGGACGCGCUUGUGGAUCUCCGUGUGGGAAAGGGGCACCUUCUCCUUGGACUUGUUCUCAGGCGCGUGCGCGUGGCGGGUGGAGGGAAGCUGGCAGCUGCCGCUCCUCUCGCACUGCGCCUUCUUCGUUGAGGAGCUCGGCUGCGCUGUUGGCCUAGUCCCCAGCUACGACUCUAGCCACUGCCACCAGGUGUGCGCCAUUGACGUCGUCGAGGCCCAGAAGGAGCACCGCCCACCGGUGGUGCGGUAUGUGUGGAAGUCUCCUACGGAGCACGGGAACGGCGUCCCAGACGGUGAAAUGAUGAACCUCACAUAUCUUGGCAACGGCACCUUCUGUAUGGCGAGACUUCAAGUUCGCCCCAAUUAUGGGGAUAACAUGCCGAAGCUCCAAGUGUGGUAG